CCACCUGGGUGUGGUGUGUGGGGUGUAGGGUGGCCACACUGCCACACCCAUCCUCAUGGUCUCCAAGGGCAGCAGCACUAGGCUGGGUACAGAAAGGCAUCCAUCCCCUGCACAGGCAGACAGAUGGACUCGGCCAGCUAGGCCGGAGCCUAUGCCGGUCUCCACCAGGAAUUGCAGAGGUGGGGGUGGGGGAGCAGCCAUUCAGCCUCCGCCUAAGUGGCUUUUAGGGGCAGCUGCUGGGGUGUGGGCACCCAGGGGGCCAUGUCCCAGGAGGCUGCCCAGAGGCAGGCCCUGCUCUUGGGUGGGGCCUGGGGAGCCCAGACCAAGGGCACUGGAGAGAGGACAGAGAGGGCAGGACUGAGCCAAGCCUGCUUUUCCUGCACACAUGGGGAAUUGUCUUGGCUGGCUGGGCCUGAGCCCUGGGUACCAGCCUCGCACAAGCCUGGGAUUGCGAAGUCACAGGCCAGACCUGGGUGGACUGGAACACAGGUGGUGCAGAGGAUCAGGGCUGUGGAGGGGCGCACGCAGCUGCUGGUGGUGGACGAGGACACGGAUGCGGAGCUGCGCCGGCGGCAGCUGACCUGCACUGAGGAGAUGGCCCAGCGGGGGCUCCCCCCGGCCCACGACCCCUGGGAGCCCAAGCCAGACUGGGCACGUGCGGGCAGCCUGGGUUCUGAUGCUGGCAAGAAGGAUGUCAAUGGGUCCCCAAGGGAGCUGCGCCCUCGGCUCUGCCAUCUGCGAAAGGGACCUCAGGGCUAUGGGUUCAACCUGCACAGUGACAAGUCCCGGCCCGGCCAGUACAUCCGCUCCGUGGACCCAGGCUCACCCGCUGCCCACUCUGGCCUCCGAGCCCAGGACCGACUCAUUGAGGUGAACGGGCAGAAUGUGGAGGGGCUGCGCCACGCUGAGGUCGUCGCCAGCAUCAAGGCGCGGGAGGACGAGGCCCGGCUGCUGGUGGUGGACCCUGAGACAGACGAGCACUUCAAGCGGCUUCGGGCCACGCCCACCUCGGAGCACGUGGAAGGUCCACUGCCGUCACCAGUCACCAACGGGACCAGCCCUGCCCAGCUCAACGGGGGCUCAGCCUGCUCAUCCCGAAGUGACCUGCCUGGCUCGGACAAGGACACCGAGGACGGCAGUGCCUGGAAGCGAGACCCCUUCCAGGAGAGUGGCCUUCACCUGAGCCCCACGGCGGCUGAGGCCAAGGAGAAGGCUCGAGCCACUCGCAUCAAUAAGCGGGCGCCGCAGAUGGACUGGAACCGCAAGCGUGAGAUCUUCAGCAACUUCUGAGCCCCCCCCGCCUGUUCGCUGGGCCCCCCCCAGAGCCCCCCAAGCCUCAGUGGGCUGGAGGGUGGUCCCAUCACCACCCAGAAACAAACCUGUGCCCCAGGAAGCCCUCAUCCCGCCCCUGCCCGCUGGGUGCGGGGUGGGGGUGGGGGGGGCUGUUGCAGCAAGAUGGGGGGGAGACGGG